AUGGCUGACUCCGAUCCGUCAGGAAUCACUGAAAUGGUAAAACGAGUAGCAGAGCAACAAAAUACUCAGGCUUCUGAAAUACAAAGGAGCAAGGAAGUUCUCACACGACUGCAGGCUCAGCUUCAGGACCUCGAGGCACAGAGGAACUCUGUCCUAUCUGAAAGAAAGGCAAUUGAAAGACAAAGGUAUUUCUGCGAGGAAGCCAUAGCAACGACCAAAUGUCACUGCGAAGAUCUGGAGGUUCAGGUUGCAACCUUGUAUGUUGAGAACACAAAGCUGACCCAAGACACUGAAGUUUUACAAGAAGAAUUUAAAAUGGUGCUUUCAGGAAACAGGGCUUACUAUGAGAAAAUUGCUGCUCAUCAAAACCGAUUUGAGGAAGAGGAAAGCAAAUUGCCUUUCGCAGUGGAGCUCAUGGAAAAAAGAGGCACGCUCCAGCAGAUGAUGAUGCAGAAGGAAGAGCUCAUGGCUUCUCUUCAGAAAGCAGAAGAACAUGAUACUGUUGGCCAAGUCCAGGAUGAAAUUGCAUGUUUGCAAAGUGAAAUAAAGGUAUUGAAAGAGGCUGUCAGCGAAAAGGAGAAAGCCAUUCAAGAUGAAAAAAGCACGCAUGCUAUGCUUCAGAAAGAAAUUGAGCUGCAGAAUAAGAGGUGUGAAGCUAUUCUAAAACGGCUGCGUUGUCAAAUUAACAAAGUGGAGUCGGACAAAAGACAGGGGCAUUGGAAAAUGCAGCAGCUGGAAGAAAAAUUGGAGGCCUUACGGAAGCACCUCCAAGCCACCGAUUGAUACUCUUUCAAAGAGAUCAGCUCCUCCUUUCAAGAAACAACCUGUUAAUGUUUAAAGUUCUACUUUUCAUUCAUCAGACUUUUGCCUUUCCUCUUUGCA